AUGGCAAUAAAAACAGCAUUUAUUAUUUUUACUGUUCUUUUGGUUGUUUCUGGAAAGGAAAAUUUCAAAAGACAAACGGGUUCAGAUUUUUCCGAAUAUUUCAAUCAGUUUCAAGAACAACUGAAACCGAUUGUUGGAAAUUUUCCUAAUUUUCCGAAUUUCCCUAACGGAGUAAAUACAGGAUCGUUACCCAGUCUACCAAGUUUCGGAGGAUUUGGAGGAUCCAGUACGCAAUCCCCAAGCAAACGACAAGUGAGUCCGAACACUAUUGGAGAAUGGAUCGGUCAGUUGGGGCAGGGAAACAAUCCGUUCACGGGAUUCACUGGAAAUUUACCAUUUAAGCCGCCACCAGGAUUUGGACAAUUUCCAUUUGGGGGAUCUUCUGGUUCCAAUGAAAACAAUCAAAAUGAAUCUUAA